AUGCUCUCCUUUUCAACCCCACCCCUUCUCUACUUGAGUGUCCUGGUCUUUCUGUCGGGCCGCUCCCCUGUUCUCUCCUGUCGGACGGGGAACGGCAGCCAGUGCGAAUCAGCUUUUGUACCAGGCUACAACCUGGUGGGGGAAGGCUUCGAUGUGGUCACCCUGAAGCGAAAAGCAGCCUACGUGAUCGACGUGAUGACCUACAUGACCCCAGGAGGCACCUGCAAACUCUGCCACAACCCUCUUCAGGGCAACGUGCUGCAGAAACUGCCUCUCUCUGCAUUGGACUGGCGUGCAUUCACCCGCUGUAAUAUUCGACAUGACAGCAGUGAACACACCUCUGUCAGCUCACUGAUUAGAACAUACUCCGCCCAGGACAAUAAUGAUUGGAAGAUUGGCUUGAAUGUUGAUACAUCCAACCUGGAGCUGAUGGGAACACGGUCCGCUGUCUAUGACUUUGUUUCGUCCAGGAGCAGAGCGGACCACUACACCUUCGGCCGUAACAGGAUCACCUGUAGCCAAUACAGUUUCCGUGUGUCUGACGUGCCGCCGCUCAGCAGUGAGUUUAGAAGGGAUUUGGAGAGACUGCCAAGUUCCUAUAGCAGCUCCACCAGAGUCCAAUACAGACGGCUCAUAAAUACCUAUGGCACACAUUUUUUCCGCCAGGUUGAACUCGGGGGGCAAGUGAAUCGAGUCACAGCCGCACGUACCUGUUUGUCCUCACUGAAUGGGCUCUCCUCACAUCAGGUGCACUCCUGCUUAACAAUUGGUUUCUCUGUUGGCCUUGGUCAGUCCAAUUCAGCCAACGUCUGGCCUUGCAUCAAAGUCCUACAGAAUCAGGGCCUCUCCGUCUCGUACACGUCCGGUCUCCACAGCCGCUAUAAAGAUGUGAUAGGAGGCAGAGAUUGGUCGGGUGAGUUUUCUCUACUCCGAGACGACUCGCAGGGCUACGAAAAUUGGCUGAAGACCCUCAAGGAACACCCUGAUGUUGUCCAGUAUUCCCUGAGACCGAUGCACGAACUGGUGUCGAACUUGUCGCAAAGGGCAGGACUGAAGACUGCUGUUGAAAAGUACCUGGAAGAAAACGCCGUUAGGACCCAAGCAGGAAGCUACAUCCGCUGUCCUAAAGAGGCCUGGAGGGGAAACCUGGUGGUGGAAAUCAUCGAAGGCUUGGAUCUGGAAGGAGAUUACUUUGGCUCGACUGAAGGCUACGUUAAGAUUCGGUACGGUGAUAUUAGACGCAAGACUCGUGUGAUCCGAACAAACUAUCCUUACUGGAAUACUGAAUUCAAUCUGGGCUUGGUGGAGACAUACCACAGUUUGGAGAUCGAGGUCUGGGACGAGGACGUGAGUUACGAUGACCUUCUGAUAUCUUGUGAGGUAGACCUACUCCAGGGGACGCACGCGUACAAGUGCUCCAACAGUUACGGGGCCGUCCGCUUCCAGUUCACGCUGACCUGCGACAGUCACCUCACUGGAAACAGAUGCAACCAGUACCAACCAUCUCCAUAGCGAGAAACACAUGAAUGAGUGUGCCGCUGGCUUUCCCUUCAUGGAGAUAACACAUCUGUGGUUUACUUUCUUUAUGUUGUCAUUGAACACAAUCCAAGGGUUUUUUCCGAAAACAUUUGAAAUCAGCAUUGUUUGUGGCAGUAGUGUUAAAAUGAGAGGUAUAUUAAUGUUAGGAAACUGAGGUGUUGUGAAAGAAAACUGAUGGUGAUUGAAAAAAAUAGUCUCCUGUUUUAUUUUUUAUCUUGUCUUCUUCUACUAUGUCUCUUGUGUGCACUUUACUCUAUGCUGCUGUAAGCCUGCAAAUUUCCCCGCUGCGGGACUAAUAAAGGAUUAUCUUAUCUUAUCUUAUCUUAUCUUUUGCACCUGUUUUUAUUAACAUUACUGAUGAGCACUUUAAUAAUAUGAAUUCAGUGUUUGACAGCUGUUGGACCAUUUAUUAUUAAGAAACUUUGGGAGCAGUAUGGUGGGGCUAUCCUUCGGUUUACAUAUGAACCACAGAUUACGUCUUUACGGUUACGAUUUAAAUCUUUCUAUUGUCAACUAGAAGAAAUCAUUUUUUUC